AUGACGACAUGCCACGUGCGCUUCCCUCUCUUCCACAUCAUCAGCCACGUCAGCUUCUCCGGGGAGGCUGAGACGGAAACGGAAUUCGAGACGGAAGUUGAGACGGAAGUAGAGACGGAAGUUGAAACAGAGGUCGAAACAGAGGCGGAAACAGAGGUGGAGGAGACGGAAACGGAAUUUGAGGAGGAGGAGGAAGAGGAGGAGGAAACGGAAGUGGAGGAGGAAGGGGAGGGGGAAGGAGAGGGAGAGGAGGAGGCGGAGGAGGAGGAUAAGGAGAACAUUUUGGAGCAAGUAUCGGAGCUGUUGAGUCAGAUCGAGGCGAUAAUUGCAGCAGGGCCACACGGCAAGCUAGAUGAGUACCUGCCAGUGGUUGACCUGCUGCUGAACGUCAGAAAGGAGCUGGCGGAGAUUGAGGCGAUGAUUGCAGCAGGGCCCCAUGGGAAACUAGACGAGUACCUCCCAGUGGUUGAUCUGCUGCUGAACGUGCGGAAGGUGCUGGCGGAGGUGGGGGAGAAGGAGUCGGGGCGCCGGGCGGACAUGCUGCUGCGGACUGCCAUGGAGGACUUGGACUACGAACUAAGAGACAUUCUUAAGCGGCGCAGCAAGCAGGCUUCUGCCCGCUUCAGUGUAGACGAGCUCAAGAGGCUGUUCCAGGCGGAGUUCCUGCAUGUGCUUCCUUAUCCCUCACCCUCCCCCACCCACAUGCAGGCUGUUCCAGUUUCUGCAUGUGCUUCCUUUUCCCUCACCCUCCCCCACCCACCCCCUGUGCCCGCAUCCGCGCGUUUUUCAGUGGACGAGCUCAAGAGGUUAUUCCAGGCGGAGUUUGUGCACGUCUUUGCCCCUCCUCACCUCACCCCCCCCCUCUCUCCCCCUUUCUUCCCUGCCCUUCCCCCCAGCAAGCAAGCGUCCGCCCGCUUCAGUGUAGACGAGCUGAAGAGGCUGUUCCAGGCGGAGUUCCUGCACGUGGGGAGUGGGGAUUCCGCAGGGGAGGAAGGGGAGGAGAAGGGGGAGGGGCGGGAGGGGCGGGGGGGCAGAGAGGGGAGAGGAGGGGCGGAUGGGGAGGAUGAGGGACUUUUGAGUCCAGGGGAAAGGGGGGAGGCGAGGGGCGAGGGAAGGGGGGGGAGGAGGGAGGGGAGAAAAGAAGGGGACUUGGAAGGGGACGAGAAGGCUGGUGGGGAAGGUGAGGAGGAGGAGGGGAGGAGGAAGGAGAGGAGGAAGGUUCCUGAGCUGUUUCCUGUGAGCACGGGGCGGUGGUUGAAUGAGGCGGCUGGGAGGAUGGUGCAAGGAGGGGCGGGAGGAAAGUGCGUGGAAGCUUACAGGUCUGUGCGCGUGGAGGCAGUUAAAGCCCUGAUGGAUGAACUGAGGCUGGAGGAUGUGCUGAGUCCCGGGGUGAUUCAUGAAGCGUCGUGGAGAGUGCUUGAGCAGGCUUCCAAGGAGUGGGUGCAGGCGGCUUAUAUCAUUGGAGCGUUGAUAAUCCCCAUGGAGCACCAGACGGCCAACGAGGCUUGGAAGGGCAUGGACACUCAGAGGCGUGCCGCCCUAAGGAGCGUGCUGGAGGACGGCGGCGUCGGGCGGCGGGUUUUGUUUCUAGCGGACGUGCUGAGGGCGAUCGUAUCACGGCGGAUGGCAGAGCAGCUGUUUUCAUUGCUGGAUGCAUAUCAAGUGGUGCAAGAGAUCAUGCCGGAGUUCGCUGCCACAUUUCAGGACCUCAAGGUCAGCAAUGUGUGGGGGGCGUGUGAGGGCCUGCCGCUGCUGCUGGGGCGAGCAGUGGCAGCAUGCUUCCAGCGCCUCAAGCUCUUACUGGAGGACUCUGCUGCUUCUAAUCUCGCUGAUGCUAUGCGGAAACCCGUUCCCGCCAAGAAAGCAGCCCUGAGCUUUCUCACGCGCAGUGCCACCAGCAACAGCAGCACGGCGGUGGCACCAGACGAGUCGGUUUAUGAGAUUGUGCCGCGAGGGGGCGCUGUGGAUUCGAUCACGAGCUAUGUUGCGAAUUACAUCCGCAGCUACAUGCAACGGCAAGGAAGGAGAAGCUACGUGGAUUCCCUCACAUCUCUCUUCUCUCUUCUUGAGGCUCAUCCAGACGAAGACCCCAGCUCCCUCACAGCAGAUUUUGCCCUCCUCUCUCUCCCCGCCUCCUCCUCCCUCUCCCCUCUCGCCUCCUCCAAUCCGAUCGCUGCUGCUGCCGCCGCCGCCACCAUGAACGCCACGUCAGCAUCUGCCAUGUCAGCAAACGGGAGGGCGCCAGGUGUCGGGAGGAGCCUGGAGAGCGAGACAGCUCAGCUGGUGAUGGCUCUAAGGAGGAACCUAGAGAUUAGAGCAAGGCUCUACCCAGAGGAGGAGUUACAGCAGCUCUUUCUUAUGAACAACCUCAACUAUCUCGUCAAGUCCAUGAACGACUGGCACGGGUGGCACGCACAGGGCAUUGAAAAGAACUUGUCUGCUGUGAGAAGGGAGGGUGCCAAGGACCUCAUGGUGGCGUUAGCAGACUUGCAUGACGACAGAGUGGUGCAGCAGCAUGCAGGGGCUUUCCAGUCUCUCGCCCUGCUCAAGGUCAUGACGGCCCUGAGCACCAAUGAGGAUGCGGUUCAGCCAACACACAGAACUGCUGCGGAUUAUGUCAAGGCAGAGAUGCAACGACUAAAGAGGUUCAACUCGGCGUUUGAGGAGCUUCAAGAGAGGCAGAGGCACUGGGCGAUCCCUGACGAUGGGCUGAGGCGGAAGAUUCGGGCUAAGUGGGCCACGAGCAUCAAGGAGCGAUACAGAAAGAUGCUGCUGCCAUACUG